GUAUAUAUGCCUUGUCUCCUGGGUCUGCGGGAAGCAUAAGUCUGUUGGGACUUGGGAUGAGAAGAAAACAAGAUGUCUUCACAAGGAAACCCAGACACUAAAAAAAGUAUCCUAAACUCUGAAGAGAUAGAACACAAAAUGACCGACAGUGGACUUAGGGAUCCUCCAGAGGACUCUCAGAAGGUUUUGGAAAAUGAUCCAUCAAUAAAUUCUCAGGCACAGGAGACCACAGUGACAGCAAGUGCCAUUGAAGAAGAAGAAGCGCAGACCCCACACCCUGCCUCUGGUCUUAACGAAGACCACCAAGAGGUAGAGGCAAAAGGUCUAGAAAGUGCAGAUACAGAUGAUAAAUCAGAAAGUCCAGAUGAAACAAAUAUUGGGAGCCAUCCAGAGGAUAAAACAGAGCACGAGAACAGCCCGAGUUCUGAGGCUAGCGCUCAAGGGCACCACUUCCCUUCAGAAGGGCUGGGUGAAAAUCCCCAGGAUCCAGAUCCCAGCUGCUCUCCAAGCCAGGAGGUAGGAACAGCGCCAGCAGGCCUGGGGAGCGCUUCUGAGGAGCCAUCUGCUGAAGACUUUCUAGAAGCCCUGAGUCCUGGUCAUUCCAGCGCAGGGCCGGAGGGCCAGGAUUCACUGAGGAGGCGACGACCUGCCCCAGAGGCUGAAAGUCAUGAGCCAGAAACACAAACAUUGGAAGAAAAGGAAGAGAUUGCACAGGAUACCACCAUAAGAAAGAUUACUAAAAAGAAUUUUUGGAACUAUGGCUUCUUUCUUGGCUGCCUGGUUAUCGUGGCUUUUGUGUUAAGUUCCGUUAGUAGCUACUAUUCCUCCCCAGCUCAGCAAGUGCCCCCAAAUCCAGCAUUAGAGGCCUUCUUGGCUCAGUUCAGCCAAUUGAAGGACAAAUUCCCGGGCCAGAGUCCCUUCCUGUGGCAGCGAGGACGUAAGUUUCUCCAGAAGCACCUGAAUUCUUCGAACCCUUCCGAGCCAGCCACCAUCAUAUUCACAGCAGCUCGAGAGGGAAGAGAAACCCUUAAGUGCCUGAGCCACCAUGUUGCUGAUGCCUAUACCUCUUCCCAGAAAGUCUCUGCCAUUAUGAUUGAUGGGGCGGACAGAGCCAUGAAUGACAGCGACACGGUCAAGCAGUGGGUUGACUUUCAGCUGAGCUAUGGAUUUGAGAACGGCCAGAAGGCUGCCGUGGUCCACCACUUUGAAUCCCUCCCUGCAGGCUCCACCUUGAUCUUCUACAAGUAUUGUGAUCAUGAGAACGCUGCCUUUAAAGAUGUGGCCCUGGUCCUGACCGUGCUACUGGAGGAGGAAACAUUAGAGGCCACUGUAGGCCCAAGGGAAACCGAAGAAAAAGUGAGGGAUUUACUCUGGGCCAAAUUUACCAACUCUAACACUCCCAGCUCCUUCAACCACAUGGACUCUGACAAACUGAGCGGGCUGUGGAGCCGCAUUUCACACCUGGUGCUGCCGGUCCAGCCCGUGAGGAACAUAGAGGAACAGGGCUGCCUUCUGUCAAGCUAAGCAGGGAGCUGGUAACGGGAAGGCUCUAGCUUGCAGAAGAGCUACAGACUGCCCUUCUGUGGAGGGAGGUGGAGAGAGGGAGGGAACAGCCUGAAAAAAACACGAACAAGCCUAGUUUAGAAAAGCAGCUUUCACUUUUUUACUUUCUGUAAAUUUUUUCUAAUCUAAGCUUUGACAAAGCUAAAAUUGACCUUUUCAAGUAAAUCAGGUUUGAGCUAUAGCAUGAUAUAGAAAUCUGAGGAAUUUUUAAAAUCCCAAAAUAUAACAGAAUCAUUGCACAGAAAGAUAUUAUUCUCAGAGUAACUACAGAGUGACUUUUGUUUUCUUGAGGGAGACGAAAGAGGCUUUUUAGACUUGGACUGAAUCAGAGUUUGAAGCAGUGAUCAUUUUUAGAAACUUUUCAAUCAUGUUAAAUAUUUUAAAAACUUGCUUUAAUAACCAAGUUGAGGGAUGAUAUUUUAUACUAGUUUGUACUUUUGACUAGUAUGAAAAAAAGGAAAUAAGAAUUCAAACCACCAGAUCCCUAAAUACUCACUUUAUGUAAAGCACUACACCUUUGUUCCGUUAAUGAGCUGAGGUCAAGCAAGCUAUAUUCAAAAAUGUUCUUAAAUAUUGGAAUCAAUGGGAAAUUGCUUGUAAUCAUUGGAAAUGAAGACAUUCCAAUUGGCUGUGUCUUUACAUCAGCUUUCCUUAAUGAUUUAGAGCAGUGAUUCUUAACACUGUGUCUACCAGGAUCCCUACGCUUUUAUCAGGGUAGUUCUGCUUUUGACAGUUUUAUAUGUUGGGGAUCUCUGUAUGAUUUCAUUGGAACAGUUUCACUGAUAAUGAAGUUUGAAAAUCAAUAAGUGAAAAAACACCUUAGAAUAUAGGAAAUAAGUAGAAAAAAAUAAAGAUUAAAACUUGUGAGCAGGCAGAAGAUGAAAAAUAGGUUUAUUGUAUACUUGCACUAUUUAUGAAAGAGAAAGACCUACAAAUGAGGAUUAGAAUGUAUAAGCUAGAAUUUCCUAACAUAUUUCUGAUGCUUUUGUUCAUUCUGUUAAUCAUUUCUGUCUCCCUAAAUGGAAUUUUGUCAUUGUCAUUAGUCUGAGUACCAUUUUCAGAAGAACAGAUUUUAGUAACCAAGUUAAUGGUAGUCUUUAUAUGGGCACAUUGGCAUAACUUCACCAAAGUUUCUUGGCUGUGCUGUGAUGGAGCAUGGAUUGUAUACUGCAGCUCAUUUUUAAACAGCUAGUUAGAAGCACCAUUAGGGUAAAAAUCAGAGAAAUGUGGGCUGGGAGUGAAGCUUGGUGGUAGAUUGCUUGCCUAGCAUGUAUGAGGCCUUGGGUUUGAUCCCCAGCACUGCAAAAUAGAAAUGCAAGAGAUGUUAUACUUGGUGAGGAGAGGCAGAAAUGGUAGAGUCUCAGAGGUUUUAAUGACCAAUAUCAAUUGCUGAAUGAUGAUCUGUGAUUGUGAGACAAACUGAGAACAGUGUGUAUGGAGACAGAAGUUGUUGAUCAGCAUUUGAGCUCUUGAAAGCAGAACACUAGUAGAAUGUAGACCUAACAAAAGGUCUGUUCCAUUACAUGGACUAUCACCACAGCCUUGGAAUGUUUUAACUAGACUUUGGCUUCUCUUUGACUGUGAAAGCAUACACAUGUGCAUGUAGUUAAGAAUUCUUGUGACUGAAGAAUGGAAGGAUUUUAGGAACACUAAAAAGAUGUAAGGAUCUGUAUUGAUACCAAAAAUGAUUACAAAGACAUGGGGAAAAGUUUAUUUGAAUAUCUUCCACAGGAAAAAAAUGUGUUUUGAGCAAGGCUUUAAGUGUGCUCAGUUGAGUGCAGGGACAUCCCCAAAGGAGUAUUGACUUGAAGGAAUCCUCGAUAGAUUUGAGAAAAGACCUGAACACAAAGUUAAAGCAUAGUGAAUGUAAUAUCAGGGUCAGUCCAAUAUAAAGUCAGGAACUGGAAGAAAACUCUAUAUGCCAUAAGUUGAUUUUUUCCAGUAUUUUUAGAUCUUUGAUGCUAGUAUUACAUCACACACAACCAUUGGUGCCUUGUAGAAUUGUUAUGUUGGCCUGCUGACCUGUGCUACCUCAGAUCUAUAGAGGAACCAGUUUGAAGUACAGACCUAGUUUCUGUCAGUGAUUCACAUCACACUUGAAACAGAGGGAACUGUUUCUUCACUCGGUUGAAUAUGGAUUUUCAUUAUUUGCUCUCAGUAUAAUUUAGGAGAAUUGCUAAAAGUUGCAAAUUCCUUGUUUACUGUUUAGCUUUUGUUAUACAUGGAAGGAAAAGUAUGCUUAAGUGCAAUUGAGAUUUGUCAGCUUUCUGUCCAUUAUUUCAAAAAUCAUUUUUAGAAAAAGCAGAUAAUCUCAUGAAUAAAAUGAUUGUUUUUACAGCAUAAAACUAUAUUUUUAAAAUAUGCAAAUAAUUAAAAUCUAUUCUAUAUUGUACUCUAUUAGUUUCUAUUCCAUUAUUUUUUUACAUUUUUCAUUUUUCAGACUUUUGUGUAUUUAGUUGUUCAUCUUUUAUUAUUGUGGCAAUUUGCUUAUUUGACUCUGAAAAAUGAUUUGUGAGCACAUGAUACUACACAUGAUACCUGAACAUCAUUAAUUAUUGUCACAGAAUAACUUCCAUGACAUUAUGUAUUAAUGUAAAACACUUCUUGUAGGAGCAAGUGUCAUUGGACUUGGUUUUUUCCCCUCCUUAGGAUGAAAUUUAGUUUUUCUAGUUAAUUUCAGAGAUUGAAAGGCAAGUUCCAAGGGGUUCAUACUGCUAAAGGUAGUAGUGCUAUUUGUUUCUUUUUUCUACUUUUAAAAUCGAUGAAUAAAGUAAUUGUAGCAUGUUUCAUUUGGAAGCCUCCACACUUGAUUGGUGAGGCUUGGUGUGUCCUUGGCCCACCAACCCCUGGGCUAAUGGCCCAACUGAACAGUGCUAGCUGCCAAGGAGGCUUUGAUCUAGCUCUUGUUUGAUCUGUACUUCUGUUUGUUAAGACAGGAAGCAUAUUGAGCACUGAUGUUAGAAUAUAACAAAGACAGCUUAUAAAAGUGAGAAAAUUUAGCAAAAUGCUCUUCACCAGUUGUUUGCUUAUCUCUGACCCAGAUUUUUAAACACCAUUGAAUUUUGCUUUUGUAUAUUUAAAAAAUUAAUGGGCAUUGAGAAUCAGUAAUGUCAGACUUGACAUUUCCCCUUUCCUUAUAUAACCAUGAUUACUUUUGCAUUUAUUUCCUGUAGACAUUGAGUGUGCCUUAUUCAAAUCAAUUUUCUGGUUCUUAUAAAAAAUAAAUCUUAAUUUUUUUCUCAGCUGA